AUGAAAUGUAUCGUCCUCCCGCAGUAUGGAUUCUUCAGCUCUGCUCUGGAGAAGCUGGUGAGACGGAGGUUUGGUGACGAUAAAUGGGAAGAAAUUUGUGACCUUGCUGGGGUGUCACUGGGCGAGAGUUGCUCAUUCCAAGUCCACCAUGUCUAUGAGGAAAAGGACAUACACUCUCUCCUGCAAACAGCCACCACUGUCCUCGGGCUGGACCAGCCGACCAUCCUGGAGAUGUUUGGAGAGCAGUUUCUGCAGUGGUGUGUGGAGUACGGCCAGUCCGAGACUCUGCGACUACUCGGUCGCUCCCUCCAGGAUUUCCUGGCCAACCUCGACUCGCUCCACGAUCACGUCUCCACCAUCUACCCCCACAUGGUGGCUCCCUCCUUCCGCUGCAGCCCGGGCCGAUGGGGCGACGAAUUCCUCCUCCAUUACCACUCGCAGAGAGACGGGCUGGAGCCGCUGGUAAUCGGACUGGUAAAGGCAGUCGCGAGGCAGUAUUUCAAGAUGGAGGUGAGGAUUGAGCUAAUGACAAAGAAGGGGGACGAAGGGAGCGAUCAUUCGGUGUUCACGGUGCAAGAAGUGGCUCACUACGAGCAGAGUCCGACGGAGGAGGCGCUGCGAUGUAGUACUCCACGAGUGUUCCCUGAUCAACCCCUCGUCACCCCCGAGGUCUUUUGCAAGUCUUUCCCCUUUCAUGUCGUGUUCAACCGCAACAUGGAGAUACUCCAAUGUGGGUCCACCCUCUCCGUUCUUCUAUCGGGUGCACUCCAAAAAGACCCAAACAUAUCCUCUCACUUUACGAUCGAUCACCCGCUCAUAAAAUUCACAUUCGUUCAAUACUUUCUCACAUUAACACCUUCUUUGUCCUGA